GCAAGUUUUUGGACACAAGAAAUAAGCCAUAUUUGCCGGUGAUCCUACGCAAGGAAGGGGUACAUAGCUGCCCCUUCUGAAUGUUUGCUAAAACAAAAAGGGGAGCUGUGGUUAUUUAACUCGGCAAGGCUUUUCUGAGCUAUAUGUUCAGAGGCUGAGGAAUGCCAGAACUAAAUGAAUCCAGAUGUGCUUACUUGGCAGCUCCCGGCCAACCAUUACCGAAGGGAUACAGUAUUGACGUGACUGCAUUAGAUAUGGACGGGGCCAGCAGACAGUUUCCCUAAUGCAACCUCUGAUGUUUCUUAGAGAUCUGUGGAAACAAUGAGAGUUCAACUCAAAGGUGAUGCAAUCUGCACACUGUUCCUAGUGAUAGCUCUUUGCACCAUGCUCUAUUCCCAGCUGGGCCACACGACCAUUAGAGAAGAAAAGAGGAGCAGCCAGAGGAAGCCACCAGCAGCUCCCAGGAUGUUCCAUGCUCCUAUAGCCCUCCAGGAACAGCUGAAUGCAGAAGUGACCGCAGCAAAGCCCAGAAUUAAUUCUGAAGUGAAACAUGCCAGGGUGGGAAUCCAAGAGGACCCAGUUACCACUCCCUCAACUGUGACACCUUCUGCUUUUGAUUUCAAGCAUUACCUUAGAAGCAAAGAUAAUCGGAAGUUUGAACUUCUUGUUAAUCAGCCAAAGAAGUGCAGGAGAAACCCAGAUGGCCCCUUCUUGCUCAUUGCCAUCAAAUCACUGGUGGAGGACUUCGACCGCCGUGAAAUUGUACGGAAAACUUGGGGCAGAGAAGGGCCUGUCAACGGAAUGCAAGUGCAAAGAGUCUUCCUUCUGGGGAUCCCAAAAAACAAGACGUCACUUCCGAUGUGGGAGACCCUUGUCCGCCAAGAAAGCCAGAUGUAUCGGGAUGUCCUCUUGUGGGGCUUCCUGGAUACUUUCUUCAACUUGACCUUGAAAGAGAUACAUUUCCUAAGCUGGGCGGAAGAGUUUUGCUCCAAUGCCAAGUUCAUAUUCAAAGGGGAUGUCGAUGUUUUCGUUAACGUGGAAAAUAUUGUCAACUUUCUUGAAAAACAAGAUCCCUCCGAGGACCUUUUCGUUGGGGACAUCAUCUACAACGCACACCCCAUCCGAGUGCGAAAAAGCAAGUACUACAUCCCGGAGUCCAUGUAUGGGCUAGACGUGUAUCCAGCCUAUGCAGGGGGUGGUGGGUUCUUACUCUCCAGCAGUACCAUGAAGAAGCUCUCCAAGGCCUGUGGGGAGGUGGAGCUGUUCCCCAUUGAUGAUGUCUUCUUGGGUAUGUGCUUGCAAAGGAUCAACCUGAAGCCCAUUCUGCACGAAGGAUUCAAGACAUUUGGAAUCACCAAACCUUCUGCUGCCCCUCACUUGCAGACUUUUGAUCCCUGUUUCUACAAAGACCUCAUGGUAGUCCACAGCAUGAAGGUCGCUGAAAUCUGGCUGAUGUGGAACCUGCUCCAUAAUCCACGCCUCUCUUGCACCCAGAAGAAGCAAGUCAAGAAGGUUUUCCAAUGGAAAACCAGAGCAAAACGACAUGCAAAGGGUUAUGCUGCCUAAGGGACAGGUUCGCACUCAUGUAUGGUCAACCUUCACUUAUGGAUGUAACCUCAACGUGAGGACUUGCAUGUGCUACUGAUUCAUCUAUGGGGGGGGGGCAAUCAUUACCAAGAGUGUUCCUAUCACACCCUAUCAUAAUAGUUUUCACCAGCCCUCAAUCAACGUGCAUGAAGGAAUCAGCUCUAAGCACAGUAAAUGUGUGUGGGUUGGGGGAACGAGGAGAGAAAGCAGGGAGCGUAGCAGCAAGGAACUGAGGGAGACUUAGGAUGUGUCUAUAAAGGGAGCUUUUUCAGGAAGGGAAGAGGGGAUACAUUAGAGAGAAAGGGAAACUUUCUUAAGCAAAAUUAAAUUGGAUUUAAGGCUCAAUCAAUGGCCCAGGUAGAGAAGUGUAAAUUCUGCUGUAUGGUUUCUCCCCCCCCCUCUGUGAUUUCCAGUGCUCAUCAAUGCUGCUAUGCAUUUAUCUUCAUCUAUUAUUAAAUUUUCUGUUGCAUC